UCCACCGGCCCCGCCAUGCCGCGCCCCGGGCGGAGCGCCGGGGCGGCCGCGGGUUCCGCUUCCGGGACGGCAUUUUCCCCGCGUCCCGGGCGGGAAAUGGCGGCGCCGCCUGGGCCGGGGCCGGGGCCGGGGAUGGAUGUAGAGGGGGCGGCGGUGGCGCAGCGGGACCGGCGGGUGCGGUGCUGCUCGCGGCGCAGGCUGCGCGACGUGAUGGAGCUGUGCGCGCCCUUGGUGCGGGCCGUGCUGGAGGGACAGCCCGGCGGGGCCGCCGCCGAGGGAGACGCGCUCUGGGACUUCGAGACAGCGCUGCGGGAGAACGUGACCAUUAACGGGCAGCUCUGGGAGGAGGCCACGGAUGACCCCAGCCCGCCGAGCGGUUCCAACAUUAAAAUUCUUGAAGAUCAGUUUGAUGAACUAAUAGUAGAGACAGCAACAAAGCGUAAACAGUGGCCUAAAAAGAUACUGGUGCAUGCUAUCCAAACCAUGAAAGCUGAGCAAGAGAUGUUGAAGCUCUACAAGCCUGUGGUAACACCAGAAGAGAUAAGAUCUCAGCCUUCUCAAGAUGCUCACAUUGCAGAUCUGAAGCAGGUGGCAGAAAUGGUAUCCAAACAGAUCAGCGCAGCAAUGAAGUCUCUUCCAGCACUCACAGAAAGAGCAGAAGGUCUUUCCCAAGUGUUAACUUGGCAACCAACCUUGGAACUCUGCAAGCUGCGGCAAGAAAUCUUUGCCGGUGGCAAGGAAAAGGAAGAAAGUAACGUCCAAAAUUUUGUACCACCAGGAGAAGUCACACCAACUGACGCUAAUACCAGUAAAAAUCCUUAUGUUUUGCUAAAAAGAAGAAAAGUUGCAGAUUCAUCAGAAAGGAAGCGCUACCCACUUCGACGGAGGAAGAUUGCUCUCCGCACAUGAAUUUCUCAUUUUGUGUUUUCAGUUUGGAAUCUCAGUUGUACUCUUGUUCCGUUUGCUCCAUCGCUUCUCUUAAAACUCGUCUCAGUGCUGUGUAUGGGAGCUUCCUUAAUUAGUCUUCAAUCCCUUGUAUUUUGUAUCCUUCAAUAUUUGUAUUUUUACUGUCAUGCUGAUGGUGUAUGAAAGCCUAUGCAUACCAGUAGCAUCCAAUAUCUGGCAAAUGUAUCGCUGUUUAACUCUCAUUUUUUGCUCUUAUGUUGCAGCACUUAGCUUGAGUCCUUGCGCUUCUCAGAGUGCGUGUGCGUGCUUUAUGUAUGUGGGCAGUCUUUAGGAAACCACUGAACGCUCAUUUACAUUCAGCAUGCCUCUAAAGAGGUUGGAGAAUGUCUAGUUCUCCUAAUGCACCUUCAUUAAUUACUGAGUCGUGUGGCUUUCAUUUUAAUAAAUGAGUUCACACUGGACCAUAUUGAAAACACCAGAUUUCAUAGGAUGUUGGAGUUUUUAGAAAAUCCAUGCACAAAUGUGACACUGGUCCCUGCUAUUCUACCUUUCCUGAAUAUAGGUGAUUUAGGCUUAUUUAUAGUCAUAUUUGUUUAAACUUGGAUUUUUAGUAAUUGUAUGUAUUUACUUGCAGUGUGCUCUUCUAAAUAGAAAUUUAACCAUCACCAUUUUAGGGUGUGAUGUUUCAUGUCAUGUAAUCCAGUUAUGCAGUCUGGGGGUUUCCUGGGCAGUGUGUCUACACAUUACAGGAUCUUGACUUGGGUCGUGUAUGCAUUUCUGAUGUUUGACUAAACUCUAAAGAUCAGUACAGGGUACCAGUAAAUGGUAUUCAGUUGAGCUUGCUCACUUUGGUUUUCUUUACCCAUUAGUACCUAGAGGAUUGCACAGUAUUACUAGAUUGAGCAUUGUGCCUUAACUAUUUAUAAACUUUUCUGGUUUAUAGUUUCAUGUGCUUGCAGUACAUACUCGUGUCUGAUACUUAACAUUCCUUACACAGUAAAUGGAGGGGGUUUUUAGAUGCUUUAUUAAUGAAAUGUACUGUGAUAAGAGGAUAGGUCCAACCUGAUGUUUGAGACUGAAAAUUCUCAAUAGAAUGUCACAGAUUUUAGCAUCAUUAUUAGACUUUAUAUAUGUAAUCAUAUGUAAAUAUUUUUCCCGUCAUUCUUGUAAAUACAAAUGUGUGUUUUUAUAUGAAGUAAAUAAAAUCAAUUGAGGAAGAUCAGAGUUUCA